CGCCCCGGAGCGGCGGCCGCGCGGCGCCGCCAUGUCGGGAGCGGCGGGGCCGGGUCCGCCCGCCGGGCCGGGCCGCUCCCCGCUGCCCUGCGCCCCCCGCCCCGCCGCCCCGCUCCAGCUGGCCGGGGGUGCCGAGCCCGCACGGCCCGGCGUCGCCGUCAUCGACCUCCGCUUCCCCCGCGACGCUCCCGCCGACGUGCAGGAGAUCGUGUUCAGGAACUUCUACACGGCGUUCCUGAGCGUGCGGGUGCAGCGGCCCGGCCCCGGCGGGUCCCAGCGCUGGGUGACCUGCCUGCGGGACCUGUGCCUGAUGCCUUGCCCACACACCGAGGAGGGCUCCCAGGACUACUUCUGCCUCCGCCGGCAGCAGAUGCUGUGUGACCUGGACCAGGUGACAGCAAUGCGGUUCAUCCUGCGACAGCCCUCCCCCGUCUGGCUCCACUUCACCAUCGAGGACCUGCAGAUUUUCCCCCCUGGACAGAAGAGUCCCCAGAAGGAUUUUCCCUCCUGGCUCUCCCAGCUGACCCCUCCGGAGCAGCCAGCCAGCCUGCAUGGGGAGCUCCCUGAUCCAGAGAAGGUGUCGACAGAGGUCCAGCAAAUGUGGGUGCUGACAGAGGUGAUCCGGGCUCGCCAGGCAGCCGCCCGCAUCGGGCGCUUUGACGUGGAUGGCUGCUACGAUGUCAACCUGCUUUCCUACACCUGAGCCCGCUGGUGCUGGUGCCAGCUGGGGAGAAGUGUCCCUUCCAUGCUCCUGGGGCCUGAGUGGGCUCCUGCAUUCCUGCCUCGGCCAUUGACCCCGCGGGGGUCCCAAGCCCUCCCUAUGCCCCUUCUCUGACUCCCUCUGCACUGCCUGGCACUGAGGGGCAGCGCUGCCACUCCAGAGACCCCUGUGAGCCUCUCCUGGGCACGUCCCGUGGGCAGAGCCCGGACACCGCAGGGGGGUGCGGGGGCACCGAGGGGCGCGGGG